AGUCAGCUUGCCACAACUCCCAGAGAUCUCCCAGGUGGCGGCAGCCUCCUCUGACAGGCUUCUCCACCAUGACCAAGCUGAGCUCCCAAGUCAAAAGCUCCCUCAACAUCACCACCCCGGGUGUGCAGAUAUGGAGGAUCGAGGCCAUGCAGAUGGUGCCUGUUCCCUCCAGCACCUUUGGGACUUUCUUUGAUGGUGACUGCUACGUGGUCUUGGCUAUCCACAAGACUGCCAACAACCUGACCUAUGACAUCCACUACUGGCUCGGCCAGGACUCAUCCCAGGAUGAGCAGGGAGCAGCUGCCAUCUACACCACCCAGAUGGACGACUUCCUGAAGGGCCGGGCUGUGCAGCACCGGGAGGUCCAAGGCAAUGAGAGCGAUGCCUUCCGCGGCUACUUCAAGAAGGGCCUUGUGAUCCAGAGAGGGGGCGUGGCCUCUGGCCUGAAGCAUGUGGAGACCAACUCCAGCAAUGUCCAGCGGCUGCUGCACGUCAAGGGCAAGAGGAAUGUGGUGGCUGGCGAGGUGGAUAUGUCCUGGAAGAGCUUCAACCGAGGGGACGUUUUCCUCCUGGAUCUCGGCAAGCUCAUCGUCCAGUGGAAUGGGCCAGAGAGUAACCGCAUGGAGAGACUCAGGGGCAUGACCCUGGCCAAGGAGAUCCGAGACCAGGAGCGCGGUGGGCGCACUUAUGUGGGCGUGGUGGAGGGGGAGAAUGAGGCGGCCAGUCCGCAGUUGAUGGAGGUGAUGAACUACGUGCUUGGCAAGCGCAUGGAGCUGAAAGCAGCCAUCUCCGAUUCAGUGGUGGAGCCAGCACUCAAGGCUGCCCUCAAGUUGUACCACGUGUCUGACUCAGAGGGAAAGAUGGUGGUUAGGGAAGUUGCCACGCAGCCGUUCACACAGGACCUGCUCAGCCAUGAGGACUGUUACAUCCUGGACCAGGGGGGCCAGAAGAUCUUUGUAUGGAAGGGGAAGAAUGCCAAUGCCCAAGAGAGGAAAGAAGCCAUGAACCAGGCCUUGAAUUUCAUCAAAGCCAAGCAGUACCCCAUGAGCACGCAAGUGGAGGUGCAGAAUGAUGGGGCCGAGUCAGCUGUCUUCCAGCAGCUCUUCCAGAAGUGGACAGUGCCCAAUCGGACCUCAGGCCUGGGCAAAACCCACACCAUGGGCUCCGUGGCCAAGGUGGAGCAGGUGAAGUUUGAUGCCACAUCCAUGCACGUGCAGCCCCAGGUGGCUGCCCAGCAGAAGAUGGUGGACGACGGGAGCGGGGAGGUGCAGGUGUGGCGCAUUGAGGACCUAGAGCUGGUGCCCGUGGAGUCCAAGUGGCUAGGCCACUUCUACGGAGGUGACUGCUACCUGCUGCUCUACACCUACCUCAUUGGCGAGAAGCAGCACUACCUGCUGUACAUCUGGCAGGGCAGCCAGGCCAGCCAGGAUGAAAUCGCCGCCUCAGCCUAUCAGGCUGUUAUCCUGGACCAAAAGUACAAUGAUGAGCCGGUCCAAGUCCGCGUCCCCAUGGGCAAGGAGCCACCCCACCUCAUGUCCAUCUUCAAGGGACGCAUGGUGGUCUAUCAGGGAGGCACCUCCCGCUCUAACAGCUCGGAGCCUGUGCCCUCCACAAGGCUGUUCCAAGUCCGGGGAACCAGUGCCAACAACACCAAGGCCUUUGAGGUCCCAGCCCGGGCCACCGCCCUCAACUCCAACGACGUCUUCAUUCUCAAGACCCCGUCCUGUUGCUACUUGUGGUGUGGGAAGGGCUGUAGUGGGGACGAGCGAGAGAUGGCCAAGAUGGUUGCCGACACCAUCUCCCCAACGGAGAAGCAAGUGGUGGUAGAAGGGCAGGAGCCAGGCAACUUCUGGAUGGCACUGGGCGGGAAGGCCCCCUAUUCCAACACCAAGAGGCUGCAGGAGGAAAAUGCAGUCAUCUUGCCCCGGCUUUUCGAGUGCUCCAAUCAGAGCGGGCGCUUCCUGGCCACCGAGAUCCCUGACUUCAAUCAGGAUGACUUGGAAGAGGAUGAUGUGUUCCUGCUGGAUGUGUGGGACCAGGUCUUCUUCUGGGUGGGGAAGAACUCCAACGAGGAGGAGAAGAAGGCUGCAGCCACCACUGUGCAGGAGUACCUCAAGACGCACCCCAGCGGCCGAGACCUUGACACCCCCAUCAUUGUGGUGAAGCAAGGACAUGAGCCCCCCACCUUCACGGGCUGGUUCCUAGCUUGGGAUCCCUUCAAGUGGAGUAACUCCAGGUCCUACGAGGACCUGAAGACGGAGCUUGGAAACUCUGAGGACUGGAGCCAGAUCGCAGCGGAGAUCACAAAUCCCAAAAUGGACACAUUCACGGUCCAUACCAGCUUCACUUCUGGGCCUCUGCCCAUCUUUCCCCUGGAGCAGCUAGUGAACAAGCCAGUAGAGGAGCUUCCUGAGGGCGUGGACCCCAGCAGGAAGGAGGAGCACCUGUCUGUUGAAGAUUUUACUAAGGCUUUGGGAAUGACUCCAGCUGCCUUCUCUGCCCUGCCUCGGUGGAAGCAACAAAAUCUUAAGAAAGAAAAGGGACUAUUUUAAGAAGCAAGAAUAGCUGUGAUUGUAGGGCAGCACCCUACCCUGCUUUCGAGGUUUUGUCAUUACUGGUUUUAGUCCCACACACCAACUGAAGAGAACAUUCCCUGGCUGCCUGUGAGGCAGCAGGGUGUGGCAAUGCCACUUUAGUAAUCUGCCUACUCCUUCACUGAAAGAUGUAACCUCCCCAAGGAGCCUGUGACCUGAAGGGGGCUGGAUUGUCUCCUGGACCAUCACAUUAUUUUUUAACCAUCUUAUUCUAGAGCUUUCUUUCCUUAGAGGGGCAGCCCUACACUCCCACAUUAGUUCUGAGGCACUGCCUUUUUAAAAAAUACUAUCUACAGUAGGUGGCUGAAGCACUGUGCAGUUCUACAUCUUUCCCACAGUAAUGGCCUCUGCAUUCCACAUGCACUUUCCUCACUACCUUACUCAGGUGCUAAGUGAAAGAGAACCUCUUCUUUGGAGUUGCAUGGCCUAGGAGACUGCCUUCCUGGGCUACACAAUACUCAUUAAAUAGUACCUAGUGAGAAUACCCCAUCCACUGGUUCUAGGCCUGAGGCCUAAAGCAAAGCCUGAAAUGAAAUGCUCAUGGUUAUCAACCCCCUGCUCCACUCUAACAAGGCAGAGGCAGUGUUACCCAGAAGCCUCUGUAAGCUUCAUAGUCUCUUCAGAAGAAAACCAGAGGAACUUGGUGGUUACCACUGCCUAACAUCAGGCUGCUGCACGAGAGAUCUGGCAGGCGGUCAACGAUGUGAUGUCCACAACUUCACACUGGUGUUAAGAGAUGUGUGCAAGAGUGUGUCCUUUUUAGAAGUUAACAGUCAAACCAAUAGCAGGUUAAUAAAGGCUUUAAUUUCACGCACCAAAAAACUCUGUAUAAUUUAAAAAGAAAACAAAAACCAUGAAAGAUCCAGAGGUACAAUUCUGCUAAAACACAGAUAAAGUGCCACUCCAUAUAAAACAGCAAAAAAUCAGAAUAAAAAGUCACUAUAAACACAAAGAAAGAAAGAAAACAAACAAACAAACAAACAAACAAACAAAAAAACCCUCACGAAGUGGUCAAAGCUGCUACCAAUCCCGGGAGUGGCUCAUUAGCCAAGCGUAGGAACCUACCUCUGCUGGUCUCUCCCAAAGCAGAGCUACCAAUGCUAGGCCACUGAAGCGGAGGUGGUAGGAAAUGCAGAGGAGGGAUCUGGGGAUUGGAGGUUUCACACCCACAUGGCCUCUGAAACAGACCAGUUUGGCUACUUUCCUUUGUUCUGGCACUUGACCUGGUGACCUUGAAUCCUGACUCUGCCUCCUCAUCCACUAUUCUUAUGCCAGUGGGCAUAAAAGCACACCUGUACUUUGAAUCUCUAUACUUAGUAUGUCACUAAAAUCAAAUGCCUUUUUUUGGAGACAGUAUUUUGCUUCAGGUGGCCUUGUACUUACUAUGUAGUCCUGGUUGGCCUUGAAAUUCAUGAACUUUCUGCCUCAGCCUCCCAAGUAUUGAGAUUAUAGGUGUGCACCACCACACCUGGCUUAUAAAUGCUUAUUCACACUGGCACACUUUGAACUAAAACUUCAAAAUCUCAGACACACUGCAUACAUGGAAAGGAAACAACUUACUAAUUGUGUAUAAAUAGAAUUUAUACUGCCUGAAGCCUAGUAAUCAAAGCAUGCCAUAAAAGAAUCAAUGAUUGUGGUGAAAUAGCAAAAUAAUUCUAUCACAAAACUCUCAAGGCUUUACUUUAGCUUUCCAAUAAAAUAUAUUUUUUCAGAUGUUACUAACAAGUAUCAAGGAACAAGAACUUUGUAGUAGUGUAUCAGGAAGAUGACACACUUUACUCUGUGUCUGUACACACUUGCAAGACAGGGUAAACAGAUACAAAGCAAGGUGGGGAGAAAAGCCAUGUCCCCCAUGAUGGGACACUUACGAUACAGACAUUCAUCUGGGGCUCGGUCACUAAGAUCUCUAAAAACCUCCCUAUAUGUGGGAGAUCCACCUGUACUUGGAGCUCCAGACAUUCCCCAGAUUUAAAGCGAAAAUCCACAUCCAGGGCUAAUUACAUCAAACAGGAAACAAAGGUUGGAUAACCAAGGUGGUCUGCUGUAGUCAUUUUCAGAGGAUGGAAACGAGGGAGGGUAAUGUAGUAUUUGUUUCCAUAUAACCUCUUUAGGAGAUCACAAAUUUACAAUUUUUUUCCCUCUUUUAACUGUGAAAUGGAAGAGUAAAUUUAUACUUUUUCUGGCAAAGGUUCUAAAUCAUAAAGCCUCUUAGAUGAUUUAUUUGAUCAGAAUAAGAUAUGUGUAGUUUAAUAUGUGCAUGAGGAAUUAAUGAACUGAUCUGUAGCAUAACUGUGUUUUCUAAAAUGUAAACACACUUACAUUUGUUAUAUGUGCUGCUGAGCUAUUUAAGUUAGGCCCAGAAUUAACAAAGCACAGCAAGUAAACAGUUUUGGAAUCAAAACUAUAAAUAGGAGAUCAAUUAAGUGGAUUUGCCUAUUUUAUUCUGCUGAGGUAAAACUUGUGUGUACAAACAUUAUACCUCUACAAAAAUUAUCUUCUCACAGCCUACAGUCUUGAAUAUUAAAAUGGCAUCUGUCUACAUGCAACUGACUCUCCAUAAUAUUAGAAGACAGAAAUCAAGUUUGAAUUUUAAUUUAGUUUUCUCUUCCAAAAAUUUCAACUAAGAUCACAAGGUUGUAUCCAAAAUCAAUUUCUGUAACAUUCCAAUUCAGCCAUUUAAAGUAAUGCACCACAUAUUUGGCAUGGUCAAUAGGUUCAUCAUUGGGCACACUUCCUAGAACUUUAGUACUACUCUGUUACCAUCUAAUUUGUCCCUUCCUGGCCCCAAACUGCUAACUGACCCAAGCCCCAACUAUGGGCAAACUGAUCACACUGUGAAAAAAAAAUUAUAUAUAUAUAUAUUAUCUAUUUAUAAUUU